UAUUGCUGCCCUGAAGAGGAGGCUCUAAGCACAGAGCACAGAGCGGGGCAGCGGCGGCAGCAGCGGCAGCAACAGCUCUAUAGUAUCUCGCCUUUAAUCAGUGGAGUCAGUACAGUCACUAGUCUGUAGUCGUGGUAGCGGACCGAAACUAAAAGCCCCUUGUCUCUGUGAAUGAGUAAAUUCAGACAGCAAACGAAGUCAGCGAGGGGAGCGCUCAGUUUGUGUAGUCCGUGUUCGGCAGAGCUCUCAGUGUUUCAGUACGCAAGAGGAAAAGUGUUGAUCCCAAGGACGUUCACUAUACCAAAAUCUACAGAAGCGUAAAACGAGGGUGGGGGGGCGGACAUGAUGAACGCGAUCAGAGAUUAUUUUCUGCAUCUUCUUGUUCUGGUGGCGUUGGUGACGGAAAUGGGCGCUGAAGCCCCUGCCUCUGAGGAUGCUCUAUCUCUCACCCCGGGGGGCCCUUUGGAGAACAGGGCUAGCUUGUACUCUACCACCCAGGACACAGAAAGGAGGCUCCCCGUGGUCACCACUGCCUCGCCUCUCAAUGUACCAAACCAUCACUCUCUCUACAGAAAUCCGCCCCAUCACCAGGCCCCAAUCGGCCCACAUGGUCAGCCAAACUACUUUGAAGACAGCGGAGGAUCCAUCUCACACCUCAAAGCUCAGCCCACCUUGUCCACUGUGCCAUCCGGGACUCCAAUGAAUAAUGUUGAUAAAAGGGCUUCAGAUGAGAGUGCUGAAGGCUUUAUCACGCAGACAACGCUUGUCGUGCACACAUUAGCAGCUACUUCUCACUCAAACAUCCCAUUUCCAACGACUAGACCAAUUUUGAAAGAUCAAGAACAUGCUUCAGUCAUCUCCUCUGAUAUUGCUACAAGGGAGAAAGAUGUAGUGAGGCUAGGUCAGGCUGGACUAAAGCAGAAUGUGAAGCCAAACAGUAAUGAUGAGGAGACAACCACCACCACCACCAUCAUCACCACCAUGCAGAGUCCUGUUCCCUGCCAACUAAACCUGACUGGACCAGAGGGAUAUAUAGAGGCUCCACCACAGUCCAGCUCUGACUUUUACUCUACAGUGGACUGCACCUACAUCAUCACUGUUUAUAUGGGCUAUGGAGUGGAGGUCCAGGUGAUGAAUGUUAAUCUAUCUGAGGGUGACAAAGUGGUGUUUGAAGAUGUGGGCCAUGGGGAGAACACCGUGCUUGCCAACGAGUCCAUUCUGAUGAGGGGGUUGGUAGUACGAAGCCACAGCAAUCAGAUCUCUAUCCACUUCCACAGUGCGAGGUCUCAGGUUGGAUCAGUCCUGCUCAGAUACCAAUUCUUCAUGUUGAGCUGUGUCUUCCCCCAGCGGCCACUUUACGGUGAUGUAUCAGUGAACAGUCUCCAUUCUGGAGGGGAGGCUUUCUUCUCUUGUCUGAAUGGCUACAAGCUUCAAGGCCCCAACGUGCUAACCUGCCGCAAUGCUAGCACCCCCUACUGGAGUGGCAAAGAACCACACUGCCUAGCUGCCUGUGGUGGUCUGAUCAAGAACGUCACAGUGGAUCGGAUUAUCUCCCCUGGUUUCCCCAACAACUACAGCAAUAACCUGACCUGCCACUGGCUGCUGGAGGCUCCUGAGGGCCAAAGACUUCACAUUCACUUUGAGAAGGUGGCUCUGGCAGAGGAUGAUGAUCGGCUGCUGAUCAAGAAUGGUAACAGCAUAAAUGCAGCUACCCUGUAUGAUUCAUAUGAGGUGGAGUAUCUGCCUAAUGAAGGUUUACUCAGCUCCUCCAGGCAUCUCUUCAUUGAGCUGACUACAGAUGCUACAGGCACAUCCACUGGCAUUGCAAUCAGGUACCAAGCCUUUGCAGCAGGCCACUGCUACGAGCCCUUUGUGAAAUAUGGUAACCUGACCAGCAGUGACAACACCUGGGCAGUGGGAGCUGUGGUGGAGUUUUCCUGUGACCCUGGCUAUACCCUGGAACAAGGAUCUGUCACCAUUGAAUGUGUGGUCCUCAACAAUCCACAGUGGAAUGAAACCGAGCCCGCCUGCAGAGCUGUGUGUAGUGGUGAGAUCACAGAUUCAGCUGGAGUAGUGCUCUCUCCUAACUGGCCUGAGGCCUAUGAUAAAGGCCAGGACUGUAUCUGGGGAAUCCAUGUCGAGGAGGACAAGAGGAUCAUGCUGGACAUUCAAGUGUUGAACAUUGGGAAGAAUGACCUGCUGACCUUUUAUGAUGGAGAUGACCUCACAGCCAAAGUGUUGGGUCAGUAUGGAGGAUCAAAGUCCCACUUUAAACUCUACACCUCUACUGCAGACGUCACCAUCCAGUUCCAGUCUGACCCUGCAACAAAUGUCUAUGGCUAUGGCAAUGGCUUCAUAGUUCGCUUCUUUGAAGUAGCUCGUAAUGAUACCUGCCCUGAGCUUCCAGAGAUAGCAAAUGGAUGGAAGAGUACAUCUCACCCUGAGCUUGUCCAGGGCACCGUGGUGACCUACCAGUGUUACCCAGGUUAUCAGGUGGUGGGUGCUGAGCUGCUCAUGUGUCAAUGGGACCUCACCUGGAGCGGUGACCUACCAAGCUGUGAAAGAGUGGUGUCUUGCUCUGACCCUGGAAAGGUGGAUCACAGCAGGCGGGUGCUAUCUGGUCCCCAUUUCACUGUGGGUUCCACCAUCCAGUACAUCUGCAACAAGGGCUUCACUCUGUCUGGAAACAGCCUGCUCACCUGCUUCAACCGUGGCUCUUCAGGCCCCAAGUGGAGCCAGAAGCUGCCUAGAUGCCUGCCUGAGACCUUUGAGCCCUGCAGUCACCCAGGAACCCCCACCUAUGGGAUCCCCAGCUCCAACAAGCUCUACUUCCAGGCAGGAGACACUCUCCACUACUCCUGCCUGACCGGCCACCAGCUACUGGGCGAGUCUGUUCUCCACUGUGUCCCUGGACACCCAUCCCAGUGGAGUGGGCUGCCACCUGUCUGCAAAGCUCACCCUGUGGGGUAUGAUGAGCAGAGAUUAGAUGUGUCUACUGCAGAUGCCAGACUGGAAGGAGCCCAAGUAGCAUUUGCUGUCUUCAUCCCCGUCAUCCUCAUCAUCAUCCUAAUUUUUGGGAUCUACCUCUCCUUCUCAAAGGUUCAGAGGAAGCCACUACAGUUCUCCCUGUCCACCAGCUUACCAUAUGAAAAUAUCUCUGAAGAAUCUACAUUUGACAACUCUGUUUAUGAGACAACGGAAACAAGAGAGUAUGAAGUUUCAAUCUGAAGACGCCAGUGUGUGUGUUAUGUAUGGACAGAUAAGAAGCCCACUGGCCUUUUCAGUGUCCAUCAGACUCACACCUUUGGUGACUCCUUUGAUGCCUCCACCCUGUUCUCUGUAUACUAAAUAUGAGCCUCCCUUUAUUUACCCAACAGAGGACACCUCACAAACCUUGGAAAGGCUGGGCCAUUGGAUUAUUUUUCUAGCUCUUCAACAGUAACGGUCCAGCAGCAGCAGUUUGUACAGUUUUUAAUCCCAUGCUUGCAUCCUGAAGACAUUUCAGAAAGCAGAAGGAAUCAAUGCAAAGCUAGUGCCAUUAAAUGCAUACCAUGCAAACCACAGAUGUUAUGUUGUGUUAUACACAUUACACACUAUAUCUUUUGCCAUUAUUUAAAGAACAAUGCUACAGAUUUAAAGGCUGUCUAUUGAAAGUAAGAUCCCAGAAGUUGCCCAAAAAUAUGAUCUUUGAAUUAAUGUGACCCUCUAAGAUAAGAAAUCAGAAUGUGCCUUACUUAAAAGGCUCUUGUGGGAAUAGUUUUCUUUCUGAGAGUGAGAUAAGAAGACUGAUAUUCUCAGGUCUGUAUGUCAGAGCUGUAGUCAGGAUUGGUGGUCGGAAACAGCUAGCCUGGGUCUGUUCCAACUGCAAAAAUACUGUGCAUCCUGCAUCUUCUUAAUCCAUACGCAAGCUGAAAAAUAAAAUUUAAGUCAACAAUGGUUGGAUUAAGGGAUCCAAGUAUUUAUUGGAAAGACAUUCAUCCACAUAUGAAAGUUUAAUAUUGUCCAACUCUAUGCAAAUGCAGGUAAAACUGGAUGCUCCACAGUGAUUUGCUGAAAACUGACAAAGUACUAAAGUGGUGGAACAGGUGUGGAAAAUAUAUGCAGGGAAAAUCAUUAUUGUAUUGUUUUUGGGAUUCCUCUUUUCUUUCUCCUUCAAAAUUAGAGAUACAAACAGAAAUUAAGCAUUGCUUGGUGCAAAGUCAUGUAAACUAUUGGAGAAUGUUGUAGGUUGUUGAUUUCUACAAUGUUUGUUGACAAACAAGCUAUUUGUAAGCUUCUGAGCACUGACGAUUCACAGUUUGUUUCCAGUGUGUCUUCACCUUUACAGGUGUUAAUAGACAUUUUUGGCUGCAACAGCAAGGCCAGUGUGAGAAAUGUGAAUGUCCAUGAUUGAGUAAUGUCCAUGACUGAUUGAGUUAUACCAUUGUCUGUUGCUCUUUCAAAAUGAAUUAGUUUGUAUUUAAUGAUCACGGGGCAUUUUAUGCCGGGGACACACUGCUUGCUUUGCAUGUGUGUAAUUGUUGGAGAUCAUCAUGGUUUUCAUUUCGGUGCCCUUGUUAAGAGGUUGGAGCAGCCACACAGCCCACAUGAGAUGUGUGGCUCAAGCCUCACGGCUGCACUGCAUCGUCUAGUGUUUCAACCUAUUUUGAUGCAUGACGUGCAGUUCCCAGCAAAAACAGGCAGGGGAAACAUCUGUUAAUAGUCGUUUUUGUCUGACAGUUGUCACUGACACAAAGAAAAAGGACACAAAAGGAUAACAAACUAUUUGAUAAUAUGUAAUGCUCUCUCUCCCUUACUCCCUGUCUCUUGCUCUAAAGUCUGAUAAAUUUGAUUUAUAAUAAAAUCAAUUCAAAUCAUCUUCGUAUUGUCGAUGGCCAUUAUCCAAAGGAAACUCAAUGUAAUAAGAUAGAGCUGGUGGUGGCAUUGCUGCCAUAGACAAGCUGCUGGUGUGGAUACACACAUGCAAGCCACAGCAGUUCAGCAAGAUAGACAUAAUGCACAUGUAACAGGGACAGUGUGUCCCAGGCUUCACAGGCAGUAUUGCCAACUUUUUAGACCCCCCCCUUUUUUUUCCAAAAAAAUCCAGCAACUUUUUGAACAAACCAAGUCACCAGUAUUAGUGAUGUGCAGAUCAGUACUGAAAUAUUUAUACUUCUGACAAUCCCAAAAGUUUCUGUUCCAGGAUUGAUUUUCAUAUUAAAAGAUCAAUAUCUAAACUCAAUAAUUUGAGGUAAAUGUGUAUUUGGUCAACACCAGAGACACAGUAGAAAUUAACUACACUAUCACCAGCAUCUAGUCUGCUUAAUACCUGGCUGAUGGGAAUUAAUUAUCCUUCCUCCUGUCAUAGGUUUAUGCAAACUACAUAUAAAUAUGGAAACCACUGAGCAGAGUAUUGACAUUGAUAAUGGCUAACUGCAAAUGCUUUUAUGUGUGGAACUACGGUGAGCCAGACCUCAGUUGUUGACUCUUCUGCCAGUGGCAGACAUUAUCCAGGUACAGAGACAGUGUGGUCUGCUGACAUUCACAUGAAUGAGUUUCUAACUUUCGCUGUGACUGAUCAUUUUACAGAUAAAUAUGGCCGAAAUGACAAUACAGCCACUGCCUUUAACUUGUGUGUAUGGUGAUGUUGUCAGAUGGAUUUGCAGUUAUGAAAUCAGGAUUUCAGAAGUGACCCCUGUCAGAAAAUGUGGUUUUUGCUGACCUUCGUGGUGUUUGUGACCAUGAAGAAUAAAAUGACAAAACCUAACCAUAUGUCAGUGAUUUGUUGAAGCCAAUGCAACAAGUUCAACCAAAUGGCUAUUGCUUGCCUGACAUGAGUUCCCGAGUCAACUUGAAAGAGUUGACUCGGGAACUCAUUUACUUAAGACUACAUGCUCUUAUUGGGAGAUGACCACAUUUCAUUAUCUUGAAUGACUUUAAGAGUGAUGUUGUCUAGUCAAAGAAUACAUUUAUCCAGAUAAGCUGAGACAAAAAAGCCAUGUACAAAUCUGCGCCCAUGGUUGUGUGCAUGCAUUAUCUGAUUCAUUAUCUAUGUGCAUGGGUUCUUAAGUUGUACCACACAUUUUGAUUGCAAAUCAGUGUCCACAGAUUAAGAAUCUGUGUGGAUGUCAAAUCUGGCAUCACAGCUGGUAAGAAGUAAGGUAAAAAUGUGUUGUUACAGAUGUGCAUUACAUUAUGACCAUACAGGGUCCAGCCAUAUACUAGUUUUUGUCCUUUUCUUCCGUUUCCCCAUACUUUAGUGUUUGCUCAUGCUAAACUAGACCACCCACAUUCUGACACUUAACACACAGACAUGAAAUUGGUAUCAGUCUUCCCAAUUUACUCUCAGAAAGAAAGGGAAUAAUAAUAUUUCCUAGAAUGUUGAACUAUUUAUUUAAGAAAUACUGUUAACAUACAAUGUAAGUAAUUUCAUAUAUUAUCGAUGCAUUAUCCCCAUAACCAACAUUCAGCUACCAUGGGGAUCAUUAAAGUUUCAAUUUAUAUUUUCAAACAAUAAUGAUAAAACUGAUUUCAUGAGAUCACACUGUAUGUAACAUGCAGAAUUAAAGACAGACAUUUUAAGUUCUACUUGGUGUAUCACCAUCAUGAGUUUUAACUCUUUUAGUGACAUCCCAUGUGUUAAACUUUCUAUGAAGCGAAAGGAAUUUGCACACCAAGGUAAGCUGUUGUUCAUAUUGCCAUUGCCUGACUGGAGAUUAUGUCUAAAAUUAGACCAUUACUGUCAUUCUAACUUACACUAUAUGUAUUGUCCUAUGAGAAUACAGUAUGUAUCCAUGCAAGCAAGUAUGAUGACAAUGAUAAUAAUUAACCUAUUUUUGAUUCAGUGCACAUAAACUACUGAUUAAGCAACUUCUCAAACAUCUUCAAUAAAAGAGAUUGUUCAGAAAAACACAA